CGUCACGGGAAACUCGCGACCGACACGACGCUCACACGCAAGCAUACACACUCAGUGUCACACCGUCCGAGCCGACAGACGAUAUCAUGGCGAGGCAGCAGCAGCUCAUCCUGACCGCCGCGAUGAUCUUGUGCUGCUGUGGUGGCGGCCUUAUUGUCUCUGCGCUCGAUCUCAACAAACUGUACGGGCACAUACACGCGAAAAGGAACAUAGGAGAACCAUGCCAUCCAUAUGAACCAUUCAAAUGUCCUGGAAACGGCGCUUGUAUUUCUAUUCAAUAUUUAUGUGACGGAGCACCCGAUUGUCCAGAUGGUUAUGAUGAAGAUGCCAGACUUUGCACUGCGGCUAAACGACCACCGGUUGAAGAAACAGCAAGUUUUUUACAGUCACUUUUAGCUAGUCAUGGACCAAACUACUUGGAAAAAUUAUUUGGCAGCAAAGCCAGAGACGCAUUGGAACCAUUAGGAGGCGUCGAAAAAGUUGCAAUUACUCUUUCUGAAUCACAAACAAUCGAGGACUUCGGUGCUGCUCUCCAUCUAAUGAGAUCUGACUUGGAGCAUUUGCGUUCGGUGUUCAUCGCCGUCGAGAACGGUGACAUCGGCAUGUUAAAGAGUCUGGGCAUCAAAGACUCUGAACUAGGCGAUGUGAAGUUUUUCCUCGAAAAGCUAGUCAACACCGGCUUUCUAGAUUAAUUUACUAAAAAAAUAUCGGAUUUGUAUACAAUUAUAAUAUCCUCUGUAAUUUUCUAUUCCUAUUUAUAUUACCUAAUAUCCAUCCAAGAUUUUAGAAAAAAAAAAUUAUUAUUUCGUCCACUCCCUUCGUCACGAAUUCCACGGUAUUCCGGACAUAACUUCCCUAAUUAUUUUCGGUCAAUUAAAACGAACUAUAUAUUAUAACAUUAUACUAUUUUAAUCGUAUACAUUCGGUUUUGAAUCACACAAUACAUAUCAAAAUUAAAACUAACACUAUACAUAUCAUAUCAUGUACAACUUUAAACAUAUCUUUUUAAUAUCAAACAUUUAUUAUUAUUAUUAUUAUUACUAUUAAUAUUAUCUAUAGUUAUACAAAAUGUAUUACAUUAAAAAUAUAUCAUUAUAAAUAUGUGUUGAAUAUAUCAUUUGUCUUAAUAACGCGUGCCCAAUGAGCCAUUAUAAUACGUCUGUUUGUUUACUUUUUAACAACGCAAUUUUAAACCCUGUUUUGCUUGUUUAUCAUCGCGCAUUAUUAAGGCGUACGACUUUUUCAUGAUAAUUAUUAUUACAUUUUAAUCUUAACUUAUUCUAAGUAACGUUUUACGGCCCGACUCCGAGAUUCAAUUAAUUUACGGACAAAUAUAAUACAUUUAUAAUACCUGUCCAUCGUAAAUACGUGAUGUAUAGGUUACAAUAACUAACACUCCGAGUAGGUAUUUUACUAUAGCGCCUAUAAUGCGCCUCCUAUACGACGUUUACGUUGUUUAUAAUAUAAUAUUAUAUGUAGGUACCAGUGUUUUCCUUAAAACUUAAUUAAUAUUAUUAUUAUAACAUUUUUAAUAAUAUUCAUUCUUAUAUACAUCGUUUAAGGUAUACACGCGUCAUCAUCGUAGUAGUAAUAAUAUUACAUUUUUAUACUACCAUUUCAUAAUAUAACACUUAAUGAGCGAUAAAUAAUAAUUCACAGGGUGUUUCAGCUAAAUCUAUGAUGCAAUAAAAAAAAAGUGUGCAUUUUACGCAUAGACAUUAAAACUCAUUAUUAAUUAUUAUAAUAUUAUAUUUUAUGUGCUCGAGGCGAAAUUCACCUCAGUAUCACUGCAAAGAAGAGAAAAAAACCACAAAUAUAAUUUCGAAAGCAGACAAGUACCACCUAUACUUAGUCUAUUAUAUCUUUAUCGACAACGUGCGAUAUUUUUUCUUCUUUAUAUAUGAAUAUUUUUUUUCUUCUCUAAAUAUGUUUUUGACACGAGAUUAGCUAUAGUUUUUAUCCGAGGUUUAUUAAUGGAAUAUAUCCGAUAAAAAAGAACACUUUCACACAUACAUAUACGAAAUAUCAUAACCUCUGAAACACGCUGUAAACGAUUCCAACAAUUCAAUGUACCAACACAUGUCCUACAUAUAGGUGUGUGUAUAUAAAUAGCUACUAAUAUAUCUGUAGGUAACUACUCUAUAACGACACUAAUUUUUCGAAUGUAAUUUCUUUUUGUAAUGCUCAUUUGGCACAUCGUUUUCAGUAGAACACCAAAAAAAAAAAAAAAAAAACCAUAGUUUAAUAAAUUAUU